CACGCUGCGUUUUGGGUUCACAAACGGCUAUAACGUGACUCUACCACUACCUAGACCUAUAAAUAAAAAAAUUCACCGCUCACUAUUCUGCAAAAAUUAACAUUUAGGGUUUUCAGCUAUUCCAAGCUUCAGAAAGCGGCGCGCAGCAACGCGAUCAGUUGCGAUCGAGGAGAUGGGUCAUUCAAACGUGUGGAACUCUCAUCCUAAGAACUACGGUCCCGGCUCUCGUACUUGCCGGGUAUGUGGAAACCCUCAUGGAUUGAUCAGGAAGUAUGGACUGAUGUGCUGCAGGCAGUGCUUUCGCAGCAAUGCUAAGGAAAUUGGAUUCAUCAAGUAUCGCUAAACGUCAAAGAACGGAACAGUUACAUACGCAUUGCUCAAGGUCUUUGCCUGAAGCAUGAUAUGGAGAAACUCUUCUUUUUUGUUUUCCAUUAGUUAUGUAAUCCUGGAUUAAGAAAUUUUUUAUCCAUAUUUAGUUAUUUAAUAUUUGACCAGUAAUUGUGCUUUGGAUUUUUACUAAGAAUCUCUAGGUUUUUUCUUAUUACUACUAGUUUUUAUGACUAA